AUGGAGCAGCAGCAGUCAAUUACUGCAGCCAUACCCAGCACCGUCACUUUCUCUUCCUCCUCCCAACAUCGACAAACCGAUUCUCCGAGGCCAAUGACUCCGUCGAGCCCUCUCAUGGAGGCCCAGACGGCCUUUGACCAGCCCGUCAAGCUCAAAGGUCGACACAGACUGCUCCAAGGCCUGCAACGCAUGUCUUCCUCUCCGUCUCUCGCCAAGUUAGGUCGAAACCGCUCGAGUGAGAAGGUAUACAAGUCCGGCCAGAAAGCCUCCAUCUCCUGCGUCUCUCUGAACUCUCCGCCGUCGACAUACUCGUUAUCUCCCCACGUAUCCUACGCUUUAUCCAAUGGCUUCUCGACUGCGCCCACGACCCCCGGUUCGCCCUGUAGCCAGCAGUCCUACUUCGAGACCAACGCCAGACUCCGACCGUUAGACCCUAAUGAGAUCACCACGGUCCCCGUGCCAGCCGAUAUCCGUACCUCGAAACCUCUCUCCGUUCCAUUACCCGAAAUCUCAGAAAAACCAUUUCCUCGACGACCCAACUUCAACUUUUGGAAAGACCUGCCAUAUGAGAUAAGAGUCUACAUUCUGGGUUUCCUAUCCCCGAAAGAGAUCAUCCGGGUCUCUGCAGUAUCCCAGCAGUGGCACGAUAUGUGCUUCGAUGGGCAGUUAUGGACAAGUCUCGACUGCCAGACAUACUAUCAACAAAUCACAUCGGACGCCUUGAUUAAAAUCAUGCUCAAAGCCGGUGCUUUCGUCAAGAACCUCAAUCUCCGGGGAUGUGUGCAACUGCGGGAUCAGUGGCUGAGUCUUGGGACGAGAAUGACCAACCAAGAGUGCCGGAACCUGGAGAACUUCAGCAUCGAAGGCUGUAAAAUUGAGCGGUCGUCCAUCCAUUUCUUCCUGCUCCGGAAUCCGAGACUACUCCAUAUCAAUAUGCCCAGCAUGCAAAACAUCAACAAUGCAACCAUGAAAAUUAUUGCGACCCAUUGCCCGCAGCUCGAGCUGCUUAACAUCGACUGGUGCUCACAAAUUGACACCAAAGGUCUCAAGAAGGUCAUCCAAUCGUGUCCAAAUCUCACCGAUCUGCGGGCCAGCGAGGUUCGAGGGCUGGACGACAACGAGUUCAUGCUCGAGUUGUUCCAGCGCAAUUCCCUGGAGAGAUUGAUCCUCCAGCAUUGUGACAGUUUGACCGAUGAGGCUUUGAAGAUCAUGAUCCACGGCAUCGACCCGGAGCGAGACGUUUUGACCGACCGACCCGCAGUGCCUCCGCGACGGUUACGACAUUUGGAUAUUUCACGGUGCCGAAGUCUCACCGACCGAGGUCUCCAAGCUCUUGCGUACAACGUACCGUAUUUGGAGGGCCUCCGGACGUGCCAGAACACGGCCUUGACGGAUGAUGCCUUCGAAGAGCUCCUGCAGUCCACACACCGUUUGACACACUUGGAGGUGGAAGAGGUUGAUUCUCUGACGAAUGCAACUCUGAUCAAUCUUUCAAAGUCCAAGGCUGCAAAGACAUUGGAGCAUCUGAGCAUCUCCUACUGUGAACAGAUUGGAGAUAUUGGCGUGCUGCCUCUUCUCAAGGCCUGCCCUCACAUCAAGUCUCUGUGUUUGGACAACACCAGAAUCUCUGACCUGGUGCUCAUGGAGGCCUCCGAACAAGUCCGAAAACGGGGUAGCACCACCAAGAAGUCACAACGGCCCGCAAAGGGCCUUGAGCUGGUUGCGUUUGACUGCGCCAACGUCACCUGGGCGGGCGUCCGCGAGAUUCUGCAGGGGAACGGCCGCGUCAUGCAGGGUCGGAAGAAGUCAGUGGUGCAGACUUUCAACGGGGAGGAUGAGUUUGGUGAGAAACAGGAGAUUCGGAAGACUGUUGAGAUCCAAACCCUGCUUUACCCGACCGAAAUCAUCCAUCUCAAGGCCUUCUAUGGCUGGCAACAAACGGUAGAGGAGCAUUACAAACGAUGCGUCACCGGUCGCUGGGGCGCAGCUGCUCGUUUAGAACAAAAAUGGGCUGAGUGGAUGGUCGCCAGCGAAGAGGUCGGCGGCGUUGGCCAUGGCUGGAGUUCGAGACGCCGACGGCGGCGGGCUCGCGAGGCCGAGUACCGUGUUAGAGAUGACGAAGAUGGUGCCACACAUGAUACUGGGACGGGAGAAGACGAUGGCAGUGGUCAGGAAUUCGCAGCUGGCCGCCCACCCAGAGGAGGGCGACGACGCGCCAGGAGUGGCGGUUGUGUGGUGAUGUGA